CUUAGACAUCGAUCUGCGCCUUUCUCGAUAUCGAGACUUCCCUCUCCCUUUCGAUCGUUAUCGGGCUACUAUCCAAAAGAAAGACACAGAGCAUAAUCAACUUCGAUCACGUCCCGGUGACUGAAACCUCUAUCAAGGAUGAACAACCUUUUCCGGUCGUCCAAAUCGUCUUCCAAGAGCCGUCAAUCGGUCGAACCCGCCCCGACCGAGCUGGGGAACAGUUCAGUUCCUUACGAACGAAUCAGCUCAUCAGGGAGUCUACCCGUAGCCACUUCGAGCAACUUUGGAAGUCUGAGCAGACCGGCGAGGAACAGCUCGGCAUCCACAAGUUCGGCAUCGACUACGACGAGGGUCAUCGGAGCGCCUAGUACCAACCCUAACCUGACGGAGAAGGAAAAGGGAGCUAUACCUGUAGGGUCUUCUGGGGAAGAGUUGACGAUACACGACUAUUUUGCGAGGACCGCUGGUGACCGUGCAGAGGUAGCGGGAAGGUUGACGAGGAGUCCGGCCGAGGAUGACUUUGGACCGGGAAGCAGUGGUGGAGGAGGGAACAGGUAUCAGGUCGGCAGGACCGGGUCGACAGGAUCUAGGGUGGCAAUCCUCCGGGAUGGACCAUCUCCUACGCCUUCGAUCGCCAACCCGUCUUCGGUUCACCGGCGAAAAGAUUCGGACCACUCGACGAGGUCCAUUAUCAACGAGGAGUUAUCCAGGUACCCCGGUGCAGACCGCAAUGCCAGUAUGAGUUCCCGACAUUCCAACCAGACGAUGAGGCAAGGACGAGAAGCGUCGUCGGCAUCGUCCUCGGGGUCGACCCUGAACGGUCGUGCUGGUGUGUACAACAAUGCCGGUGCUCAUUCGUCCUCGUCCAUAAAUCUACCCGAGACUGUUCAGGAGGAAUUCACCCUCCGACGACCGGAAGAUCCUGCUGAAAUUGAACGCAUGUUUCAAAACGUCGUCGCCGCCCUCGACUUCGCCGCUACCGAUAAUAAAAAGUCGAUCUCGCCCCAUCACCGAAACUCUUCCUCUCCGACUGGCAUGUCUACCUACCAGAACGUUCAAUCGAUGAGUCUGGACAAGAAGUGGAUGAUCAUCGAAAGCGAUGCCAGAUCUCAAUGGGCGUCAACGAAACGGCAGGCCUCAACGCCGCCGAAUUUCUACGUUGAUCAGAUGAUGAACAACAAGUUGACAAACCACCAACUGAGAGACCUGGAGAUCAUGUUGCGGACGUCCAAAGUCAAAGCUAUAGAAAGAUGGGUCACCGAGUUCAUCGAGCAGUAUCAGGGGCUGUAUAUGCUUACUCAAAAGCUGUCGUCAAUACACAAACGGCGAGCCAUAAACACAUCGGACGCGGAAGAAACGCAAAUUGAGUUUCUGACCCUGAAAUGCAUCUACUCGUUAUGCAAUCGUGGCUAUUCAUGCGUCGCAGACAACGCUAUCAAUAAGCAGGGGAUCUUGACCGGCAUCAUCGGAUCGGUACUAUCGCCUCACCUCGCUUCAAGAAAAUACGCCGUAGACAUCUUGACCUACCUCCUCUAUUACGAGCCCCCUGACGGCUACGACUCUGUGCUGGGAAGCUUCAACACCUACGAAAAGAUCUUGAAUCUGCCAAGCAGGGGUAUCAAUCGGUAUGCCACAUGGCUCAAGUAUUUUGAGAUGACCAUCAGUAGCCGUGGGGUCAUGGGCAGCAUGGUAGGUGCAGGACACGAGCUCAGGAGGAGCACCACGAAUGGCGAAGCGGUCGAUGACACGGCGCUGGCAGAGUACGCAUUAAGUAACCUCUUCCUCAUCAACGGUUUACUCACUGUGAGAGCCAAAAACCUUCCGCCUGAAACGACUGGUCUCAACCAGCGGAUACAUACGCGUAUCGAGCUCGUACAAGCAGGAAUCGAGACGAUCUUUCCUAAGCUUCAAGCCCUGAAUAACCGACUUGUCGACCAAGAGAUAAAAACCUACAAUGAACUUCAUGAAGAGGAUGUCAAGGAGCAAAAGCAACGCUUGAACAACGAUGCCUUGCAAAGCCUUGGUUCAGGACCCGAAAUCUUUGAGGGUCUGAUGUCCCGGAUGAAGGGUUCUCCGGCCGAGACGCAUUUCCUCUCCAUCCUCCGCCAUUUCACCUUGAUCGAAAACGAACCAGAACACCGGCAGAAAUAUUAUCAGCUCAUCAAUCAACUUGUAACUGCCAUCACUCUUGAUGGCCAGAUGGGUACCGAUAAGGACUUCACCGCUCAGGCUGGUGUGACGGUCCGGACAAUGUUUCUCCGCUUCGAGAGUGAGGCCAAUCUUGACGCCGCCAUGCUGCAGAUUGACGAGCUGGAGAAAAAGGUCGCCCGACUCGAACGCCGCAAGGCCGAACUGGAGGAAGAAUUGGCAGAGGCCAAUGGCGGGCUAGUUGGCAAUCUCAAAGGUCAACUGGCGCAAAUGGAAGAACGCCUCCGCGUCUCACGAAACAACGCGAACGGCUUGGAAGAGGACCAGGAGCGAAUGAGACUGGAGUCUGUGUCGGCUGCCCAGGAGUUACGUCUGGACGUCUACGAAAUGAUCGAGAUGCUCAUCGAAACCGAAAAAUUCGACGAAGUCAUUAACAAGGUCGGUCGUUAUCGCAAGGAUAGGGUCGCAUUGGUAGCGAAGUACGAAGAGCAACAAGAGCGCGCUCGUACGAUUCGUCAGCUUGAAGGCAGAGACCGUAAGAUGAAGCGUUCAGAGACGGGAUUGUCUGGUUUCGAUUCCGAUUCAAAGGCGGCCAGCGACGAAGGAGAAUUGCUUGAUGUGCAAGAGGUCGAAGUUCGACGAGCCGACAAGGUGACGCUUGGUUCUGCCAGGCGCAAAACGUCGUUCGCCGCUGGCAUGCCACGCAUCACCAAGGUACCCACGCAAUCCAUGGAGAGGACUUCCGGUUCUCAAUUUGUCGAUGCAGACGAUGAUAACGUCAAGGCUCAUAUAGAAGAGCGCCUCUUGACCGAAGAACAGUCUCCAAUCCGCACUCGUGGCUCUCUACCCCGUAGCGCGCGCAGUCGAAAUGUCAACCUGGAAACGCUCACGGCUGGCUCGCCAAGUCAAAGUUUCCUCAGUCCACCUCCGAUCGGUCGCAAGUCGAAGGACCGUUACAGUAACAACCUGGCCAAGCAUCCUGGGUUCUCCAACGUGUUGGACGAGAUGAUGCGAAGCCGGUCUAUCGUGAGAAGUGCUUCAGCACCUGCCAACAUGGAGAUGGAUGAUGAGGAGGAGCAGAGUGUUAUUUCCAGCCUUCGUGGCAGCGGCUUUUCAUUGGCAGCUUCUGGCACCCCCGCUACGUCAAUCUCAUCACUGCAUUCAAGGAACGGUUCAGAGAAGGAUGCUAGUCCAGAAGAUCCGCUUUCACGCAAGUCCAAAGCACUUGGAUUGUCGUUGGAUGCAGGGGGCUCUCCGCUGCCAUCCCAGUCGCUAUCCACGGUUCGAGAAAACGAUCCCGAGGAAGUAGACGCAGACGAAGACGCCCCGCCUCCUCCUCCUCCGCCGCCGCCGCCGCCUAUGCCCGCUUUUUUGGGCGGUUCUGGUGUUCCGACGGAUGAGGAUGCGCCACCACCACCUCCACCGCCUCCACCGCCUCCUCCUCCAGGGCUUGGACUUGGUUCGUUCCCUCCAGCCGCUGGACCAGGGAUACCAAGUGGCUUGUUGGCAGGUAUCGCGGGUGGCAUCAAGCUUCGCAAGGUCGGAUCCAGCGACGACGAUAGCGUACCUCCCCCAGCUCCUCCCCCUCUUCCGCCAUCAGCGCCAAACUUUAGGGGUCUCGGCAAGCGUCCCACUACGAACCCCGUCGCUACGCAGAGCGAACGUCGAAAUGACGUCCCGCUUACAGCUACUCGGAAGAUGAAGCAGUUGCAGUGGGAAAAGGUCAACAAGUCCAACCUGGAAAAGACCGUUUGGGGUCAAGCUCAACAAAUGCCGCAGGAAGAAUGGGCGAUGAAGCUGAAACGGGUUGAUGUAUGGUCAGAGAUGGAGGACGAGUUCAAAGCAAGAGAGGUUGCAUACGACGCCGUCGCGAAACGCAAGAAGGAAGAGCUCAAGAGCGUGCUCGAGCCUUCGGUGAGGAAGCACGUUGAGAUUCUGAUGAACAGGACAAAACGCCUGGAACCGGAACAGCUAUGCGAAAACAUUUUGGCUUUCGACAAGGAGUUGUGCAACCUGACAUUCUUGUCCGAAUUGAACAAUUUGCUGCCGACUCCCGAACAGGUAUCCAUGCUGAAGCAACACAGUGCAGAGAGCCCGGAGGAGAUGGCACUAUUGCAUCCUGCAGAUCGGCUGAUGCUGCGAUUGAUCAAGAUACCUCACCUAGCCGACAGGAUCAAGGGAAUGCUUUAUCAAGUCAGCUUUGAUGAAACGGUCACCUUGCUGGAAAAGGGUAUCGUACUGCUUCAGGACGCUUGUCAUGAUCUGAAACAUGCCGUACAGUUCAAAGCCCUCCUCAAUGUCAUCUUGAUGAUGGGAAAUUACAUGAACGGGUCCAACUACGGAGGAGGAGCCUAUGGAUUCAAGAUUGCAAGCAUCAACAGGUUGGUCGAUACAAAGUCGUCAAAUGGUCAAAACCUCUUGCACUUCUUGGAAAAGACCAUCUCGACCCAGUUCCCGGAGAUGCAGAACUUCCGCAAAGAGCUCGAAAAGCCGGCUGAAGCCUACAGAGUGAGCUUGGAGGAGAUCUCGUCCGGAGCUCGGGAUCUCCACACCGGCUUGGAGAAGAUUCGUCGCGACCUAGAGAGCCGUUUCUUGGACGUCACUGACGGCUACUCGAAGAGGAUGUUCCCCUUUAGCGCAACCGCCGAGGGUCGUGUAGAAGCACUGCGAGAUCAAGUGCAGGCCGGAAUACGGGCAUUCAACGAGGUCAAGAUGUACUAUGGAGAAGGGGACGAGAAGUACAACGCCGCGACUAACCCGCUGGCACUGGGCCGACCUGGCUCCCUAGAGUUCUUUGGCGUCUUCAAGACGUUUUUGACCUCGUAUGACCUAUGUCGAUCGCAAAACAAAGCGAGAGAUGACGCCAAGGCGGCUCUGGACAGACGACGACUAGCCGAGCGAAACCGCGCCGCUGCCAUGACCCCACAAACGACUGGGGCAAGCAGCCACACCGAAGUCGGCGCCAUGGACGAGCUGCAUGCCAGGCUCCGUAUGCAGGGUACGCCCCGAACUAAACGUUCCGAUAGACGUCGAGCUCGGGAACUCCCAUCUACCCCAUCUCUGGACAAAUUCGAUAUGGCAGCCUUUGCGAUAGAUGAUAUCGUGGACGACGAUGCGACCGGAUUGAAUCUUGCCGAUAUGGCUGCCAAGAUGCUCAAUCAGCUUGAGGACGCCUCGCCAACGCCCACCCCGCGACAUUUGAAAGCGCCCGAGGCCAUACAAGAAGAAACUGAACCGAAAAUCGACGUUACGAUCACGGAGCCAAGCGAGACCAACGCGCCGGUCGACAGUCCACUCGAGACGCCGUCGACACCCGAAAAUCGACCCGAUCCUGCAUCCUUGAUCACCCCGCCAAACAGAGGGACAUCGGACUAUCCGAUGGGCUUGGGUAUACAGGCCCCCGACACCGAAACAACGUUUCCCUCAACUCUCGAUACCGCACGUAAUGAACCGCCUCCAGCAGCAUAGAGACGAGAACUCCUUUGAUCUUCGCCCCAUAAUCAUGAAACAAGACGACACCCGCAUGAACGCUUUUAACGUUAAUGAUCAAUAAUGACCUCGAGCGAUAAUGUACCUGGCGGAGCAAAUGUAGCUGGACAUACAUUGCAUUCGAAAUAUCCAUCUGGUUCAUCUGACGAUCUGCCAUCCCACAGACGCGUGACCAGAGCUACCGAGGUCUUGCGUGGUCCGCAGUGAAUCUGUGCGCUCAAACCGGCGUAAAAGACCGGUGGGAAGGGGUAUCAGAUCGAGGCUCGUUGCCGCUAUGGAUCAUGUGGCCUACUGCAUCGUCGCGUAGCUGAUGCAAAGG